AUGGACAAAUUAAAGGACUACGACAAAGAUUUUGUCAAUGAAGAUCAUAUUGAUGCAUUCAUAGAUGCUCUAGAGUUUGAUGAUUCUAAUUCUCCCAAAAAUGGUACAUUUGCAUCUUUAGGUCUCUCCAGAUCAUCAACUUCUUCCUUGAACUUAUUUCACUCCUUUCAUCUCUCUGGGCCAAGUCAACGCACUGAUUCUGACAACAUUAUUCAAAAAUCCGAUGAAAAUAAUGACAAAACAGAUAACAAGAAUAAUAUUAAACCAGAUAAAUCCAAGAAAUUAAAUAAUGGCGAUAAACCCCCAGAAAAGAUUAUCUCAAAGAGUGAUUGGUCCCCAAUAUACAAUGAACUUAAUUCAAACUCAAAUAAUGUUAAUUCCGAUUUAAAUUUAUUUGAUCUAAAGAAAAUAGAAAACGACAUAUCCACUAAAAAUGAUUCCAAAAAUCAAUUUAAACCUCACUUGAAUAAAAGUGAUUUAAUAAUACCAGACGCUUUUAAACAAGGCUGGUCCUACCAAUUUUUCAGUUGGCCUAUUUUAUUAUUUGCAAUUUGGUGGAUAGGUCUAUUAGCAUUUUUUUAUUUAUUUAUUAGAAUUUACGUUGCAUUAUUUGAAUCCUUCAUAACUUGGAGAGGCAAAAGGAGAUCCUUAAGAACAAAUUUAAGAAAUUCAAAAAAUUAUAAAGAAUGGAUCAAAAAUGCUUUAGCUUUAGAUAAUUACUUGAAUUUAAAUAAAUGGAAAUCAGAUCCAAAAAAUUUUUAUUACGAUUGGAAAACUCUACUUAAAAUCGUUAAAAUCCUAAAAAAAAUUAAUAAUAAUCCCAGGCACUUGGAUUCAAAUAUUGAAAAAUUAGUUUUAAUCUUGCAAAAUUGUGUUAAAACUAAUUUUGCUGGCAUUGAAGGCCCAAUAUUAUACUCUCAAACCUAUUAUAACACGAAAACUUUAAUUGAAGAUUACUAUAAUCAAUUGCAAAUAUCUUUAAAUUUAAUUAUUAAUUCCGAUAAAAUUGAUCCCAUAGAGAAAUAUAAAAUAUUUAAACAUUUUAAUUCAAACUAUGGUAAAACUGCUUUAUGUCUUUCAGGUGGUGCAUGCUUCUCUUAUACACAUUUUGGUAUUGUCAAAGCCUUGAUAGAUAACGAUUUAUUGCCAAAAAUUAUAUCAGGAACAAGUGGCGGAGGCCUUGUUGCUGUUCUAACUUGUACUAGAACAAACAAAGAACUAAUGGACUUAUUAAUUCCAGAAUUAGCUUAUAAAAUCACUGCUUGUUCAGAUCCAAUUUCCGAAUGGCUUCCUAGAUGGUGGAAAACUGGUGCAAGAUUUGAUUCUGCUGAUUGGGCAAAAAAAUCUUGCUGGUUCACUUUAGGAAGUUUAACCUUUAAAGAAGCUUAUCAAAGAACAGGAAAAAUAUUAAAUAUAUCAACAGUUCCCUCAGAUUCUCACUCUCCUGUCAUUCUUUGCAAUCAUAUAACCUCUCCUAAUUGCGUCAUUUGGAGUUCUUUGUUGGCUUCAUCAGCUGUGCCUGGUAUUCUCAAUCCUGUGGUUUUAAUGAUGAAAAAUAACGAUGGAAAAGUUGUACCUUUCAGUUUUGGUAGCAAAUGGAAAGACGGUUCAUUAAGGACUGAUAUUCCUGUUGAAGCGCUAAACACUUACUUUAAUGUCAAAUUUUCGAUUGUUUCUCAAGUUAAUCCACACAUUGCAUUAUUUUUUUAUGCUCCAAAAGGUUCUGUUGGUAGACCGGUAUCAAGAAGAAAAGGAAGUGGUUUAAGAGGUGGCUUUGUGGGUGCUGCUCUAGAAAAUUUUUUGAAAUUAGAAAUCACAAAAUGGCUAAAAUUGAUCAAAAGUCUCGAUUUAUUGCCUAGAAUAAAAGAUCAGGAUUGGUCUAAUAUAUGGUUACAAAGAUUUAGUGGGACCAUAACAUUGUGGCCAAAAAUUAAGAUAAAGGACUUUUAUCAUAUAUUAAGUGAUCCAACUCCUGAAAGAUUAAAAAGCAUGAUCCAAAACGGUGAAUUAACUGCUUAUCCAAAAUUAUUGUUUAUUAAGCAUAGGUUGUCCAUUGAAAGAUGCAUUGAAAGGGGAUUAAAAGAAUCGAGAAAGGAAUCGAAAUUUUAUGAAAAUAAUCAAAGCACACCAACUAUCAAUCCUGAAGAUUUCUCUGCAGCCGAUGCUCAAGAAGAUUUAGACAAUUCGGAUCAUCUUGAAAGUUAUGACUCAGAGGUUUUGAAAACAAUGUUCACUGAUGGGCUUGGAAUCUCAGUGAAAACAAAUUCAAAUGAAAGUCAUCAAAUUUCUAAAGAUGAUAGCUCAAUUUAUGAGUCAGAAGACAUUUCUGACUUUUCUGAUUAUAGCUAUAAAGACGAUAUUGAGGAAGUUAAUUCUUUUGAAAAUCCAGACACAUUUGCUAAUAAUAAUAGCUCAAAAACCCACGUUGAAUAA